AUGAUUUUGAAAAGCAUUCUACCUGUUUAUCCAGAAGAGAUUAACUUUCUUAUCGAACUGCAAUUAAGUGAUGAACCAUGUUUCUUGAGAAGGCUCGCAUCACAUAUCUUUCGUGGCUGUGAUGAAAAAGAUGACGUUGAGAACAUGAUGGGUUUAAUGGAAGCUUUUAUAGUUCCUCUAACGAGCAACAUCGACAUCAAAGAAGAUAUAUUGUUAAUUAUUCAUGAAAGUAAUAUGGUUUGGAAUGCUUUUAGAUAUAUCGUGCACAUAGAUUGUGAUGAUGACUCUCAGUGGAGUGCCCUUCGGUUCUUCGAGGUUUGUAUUUCUCACGAUUUUUUACAUAAAGACGCAUUGGAUUCUGUCGAUAUCUGGGAUUUAACUGAUUUUGUUGAAAUGUCUCACAGUUGCGAAUUUGAGUUUAAGAUACAUUUAAUUGUAAUUAUUUCUAAUAUAAUACAAUACAGCGGGUAUGAUACAGCAGAGGCAGCAAUUGAGCGUGAUAUACUAAGCGUGAUCAGUUCUUUCAUUCCAGAUCACAUCCGAUAUGCUUUGAAUGUUCUUGAUGUGCUUAUCAAAAAGUACGCUGAAUAUGAUCAAGGAAAAACCAUCUGUGAUCUUAUUGGUAAAACUAGUAUCAUCAAAGAUUUGAAAGAUGCUACAGAAGAUAAUGAUAAUGACGAAGAAUUCAAAAUGAUCAUUAAUUUUGUCAAUUAUUUCAACAACUUUGUAAAUGACUGGGUAGAGUAA